CACCACGGAGUGUGGUUUGGCUGCCCAGGGCCUUGAACACAGCAAAACUUGUUUUGGGUGGUUAAACAUUGUCCUGGCUGGAUGGCUGGGUUCCAACCAGAGACCUCACUUGCUGCCAGCGGAAAGCUGGAAGCUUGAGAAGAAGAAGAAAACUCAGCACGGGGACUCUGGGAGCACCUUCUACUGGUCUUCCAAGCAUGGGGUCUGCAGCCACCCUGCCCUGCCUGCUGCUUUGCAUCUUCUACCUUGCAGCUGGAGCAUCUGCAAAGCCGCGCUACAUGGUGCUUAUCCCCUCUACGUUCUACUACCCGUACACGGGCAAAGUGCACAUCCACCUCAUGGACCUGGACGAGCCGGUGCGGGUGACCCUCCACCUGGCCAGCAGCCAUGAUGUCCCCAACGUCACCCUGGAGGUGCAGGGCAGCGAUAUCCUCCAGCUGAACUGGCCCCGCUUUUCCAACAUUUCUCCCCCUUCUGAACAGAACUAUGCAUAUUGGGAUCUUCACAUCUCCAUCGAGGGAGGUUCCCUGCAGGUCUCUGAGCAGAAGCAAGUUCUGGUGAAGUUCCUGGCGCCGGGGACCUUGGUGCAGACAGACAAGGAUGUCUACAGGCCUGGACAAACAGUGAAAAUUCGAAUUGUGCGUCUGGAUCCAAACUUAGCUCCUAGCAACAGGGAGAUUCCCUUGGUGGCUGUGAAGGAUCCCAGCUGGAACAGCGUGGCGGAGUGGGAGGAGGUGACUCCGCAGCAGGGAAUUGUGGACCUGUCCUUCUCACUGCCUGCGGACACAGACCUGGGCACGUACACCAUCGUUGUGGAGGAGAAGAGACAUUCCUUCAGCGUGCAGGGUUAUGGGAUGCGCCGCUUUAAAGUGCUGAUCCAGUUGCCCAACAUUGUGACGGUGAAGGACGAGAAGAUCCCGCUGGACGUCUGCGGGCGGUAUCCAUCUGGGAAACCUUUCCGAGGAAAGGCUAAGGGCAAGAUGUGCCAGUUCCACAGAUGGGACGGUACGAAGAUCUGUGCAGAGUUUAGGGGCCAGACGGGGAAGAAUGGCUGCUUCUCUACCGAGGUCCCGGCGGCUUCCUUCAACCUGACCAACUUCAACUACGAGAACUGGCUCACCGCCAAGGCGUUGCUGAUAGAGAAGGGAUCUGGGAUGCGGCAUGCAGCCACCAAAAAAUGCAUGGUUAUGUAUGAAACGGUCGCGAUCACCUUUGAAAACAACGACAAAUUCUACAAGCCGGGGAUCCCCUACACUGGGAUGAUGCUGCUGAAGGGAACCAACGGCUCUGUCCUGAAGGAGACGGAGCUCCUGCUUGUAGUUAAAGCUGGAGGAGAAAAGAAAAAUAAAACCCUGGUUACAGAUGGAUUGGGGAGAGCCUUCUUCGAGCUGGACACCUCUGGUUGGAAUGAUGAGAUUGUGAUGCGUGGUGAGCUCAAGGACGACUCUGCAGCCUCGGAGCAAGAAGACGACAAGUAUCCCGAAUAUCAAACUGUCAUUCGCUACCUGUAUCCCUUCUCUGUGGACAGCAAAAGUUUCAUGAAGAUCCGCAGGUUGAAGAAUAAGCUGCCCUGUGACCAGCCCCAGAAGUUCUGGGUGGAUUACUCGCUUGAUGAGAAAGAGUUGGGGUUCAAGCUGCAGAGCCUGGACAUGGUCUUCCUGGUCCUGGCCAAGGGAACCAUUGUCACCGUCCUCAGAAAAGAGCUGCCUGCUGAGGCUGGGUUGAGAGGUUCCUUCUCCCUGGAGCUGCCCAUCGGUCUCAAGCUGGCACCCGCAGCCAAGGUGCUGGGCUACGUGCUGCUGCCCAGCGGUGAGAUGGUGGCUGACAGCACCGAGCUCAAGGUGGACAAGUGCUUCCCCAGCAAGGUCAAUCUGUCCUUCUCGGAGCAGAGGGCUCUGGUGGGCUCCCAGCUCCUCCUGAAGGUGCAGGCUGCCCCAGGCGCACUGUGUGCUGUCUAUGCCAUGGAUGAACACGGUCCCAAGGGCACGAUCAGCCCUGACACGGUCUACGAAUUCAUCCCGACGCCUUCUGAAGCCAGAUAUUAUUCUGAAGAAUAUGAUUUACCUCCUAGUGGGACAGGGUUGUCUGGCAUAAUUUUACAACUUCCAGCCGUUAACUGUUUUGACGUGCCAGGGAAUAGCUGGAGAAAUUGCCGCCGCAGGCUGUGGCGCAGGGAGGUGCCGGCGCCCGAGCCCCAACCCAGUACCUACAACCUGCUAGAGGACGCAGGUUUGAAAGCCGUCACCAACGCUCAGCUGGGCUGUAAAGUGUACAUGCAGUUCGAUGAAGAUGACAGCUUUCUGUACUCCCCAGAAAGAAAACUGAGGGAUGAGCGGGACAUAGGGAUGCAGACGGAUUUCUUGGGGACGUGGCUGUGGGAGCUGGUCCCUGUGGGGGAGGGCGGCUCUGCGGAGCUGACGGUGACAGUACCCGAUGCCAUCACCAAGUGGGAAGCCGGGAUGUUCUGCAUGUCCCCGCAGGGCUUGGGGCUGGCCCCGGCCACCACCCUCACGGCCUUCAAGCCCUUCUUCGUGGAGCUGGCCCUGCCCUACACUGUGGUCCGCCAUGAAGCCUUCACCCUCAUGGCCACCGUCUUCAACUACCUGCGGCAGUGCCUGCAGGUCCGGGUGACGCUGGUGGAGUCGAUGGAGCUGGAGGUGUUGGCAGGCACGGACCAGGGGCCACACACAGGCUGUGUCUGCGCGGAUGAAGAGAGGACCUUCCAGUGGAACGUGCGAGCCACCAGCCUGGGGAAGAUGAACAUCACUGUCACUGCCGAGGCCUUGAGCUCUGACGAGCUCUGCAGCACCCAGAUGCCCACGGUGUCAGCCCAGGAGCACGUGGACACUGAGACAAAACUCCUGAUGGUGCAGGCUCCACAAGUGAUGUGAAGGAAAAUUGCAGCUGCCUGGCUGUCCCUGUGCUCCUGACCCCACCAGACAGCCAUGGUCUAGAGGACUGGCACCUCUCCCUGUUCCUAUCACUUCAUCCCUGUUCCUAUCCCUUCACCUGACCCGGAAGGAACCUGCAGCAACACGGCUGAGACGAGGACUCCAAACCCCAUCCUGCUCUCCAGCAGCCCUGCCAGCCCAUGAGGAUCAAGGGCUGCCUGGGAGCAGCCGCUUUUCUGCCCAAGCGGUCGUGAUUUCCCUUGAACCAAUGCCAGUGUGACCCCCCAGAGAGGGGACCAGGGCAGGUGAGAUGACCCCCAGCUGACAAAAAGCCUCUGGAGAUCAAUGUAAGCCUGAUGGCCGGGGAUGGAGACGAUGCUCAGAGCUGACCCAAGCACAGCCAGGCUGACCCCUGCUCUGCCAGCCUGAAAAAUAAAGAAAAAUGCAAGUGGAAUAAGGGAAGUGGAAACAAAAAAGUGUCCUUCUUGCACAAAAGCUUCCUUUUUUCAGGCUCUUUCUCACCAUCCUUCACCAAGGCCAGCUCUCUGUCCCAAAAUAGACUUCAUGUUAGGGACUCAUUGUUCCUGUCCACCUUGAUGAUGUGUCAGAGGGGUUGUACUUUCACCUUGCUUUGCUGAAUAAAAAACUGAGACCAAA